AUGGCUUUGCAGGGCUGCUCAGCUCCCGGCGCCGACGACUGCGGCCGCAGGAAGCCCCGCAUGGCAGCGUCGCUACAGAUCAGCCCUGCUCCCAGCCCCUGGCGGCCUUUGGCUAGCCCGGGUCUGGACGUCUGGGGACCCCUGCGGGGCCCCGAGGCGGCGGAAGCUCAGGGGUGUGGGCGGGCCCAGGACUCCACCGCGGCGGGGAACUGCGGGCCCGGGGCCGAGGGCUUCAAGGAGCGCGGGGACGUGCGGGCUGGAGACGACGCGGGGGACCGACUGGGGCCGACCCCGAGGGUUUCCGUGCCACCCACAGGGCCCGUGGGGGACUUCCUGAAGAUGGCAGGGCAGCUGAGGUUGCCGCCCACGGACCUGCCGCCCGGCCAGGCGGUGGCCUUGCUGGCGCAGUACGCGGCGGGGCUGGGCGCCAGCCUGACUUUCCGCGAGAAUCCGGCAGCAGGUCCUGGAUCCCGCUUCUCUGUGUGCGCAGAACUGGAUGGGAUGGUGUGCCCUGUGGGCACAGCAGGCACCAAAGCAGAGGCUGAACAGCAGGCGGCGCUCGCUGCCCUGUGCUACAUCCGGAGCCAGCUGGAGAGCCCAGAGACCCCCAAGGUCCCUCGCCAGCCUCCAGUCACCACUCCAAGCAUGGAGAACAUCCUGCCCCAUGAGCAGCGCUGUGCGGCCGUGGUCAGUGCUGGCUUGGACCGCCUGCUGGGUGAGGAUUCGCCAUAUUGGGCCUGCGUAGGGACAGUGGCCGCAGUCAUCCUGGAGCGCGAGCUCCCAGGUGCCGAGGGCCACACCAAGGAGAUCUAUGAGUUGGUGGCACUGGGCACAGGCAGCGGCACCUGUGCCGGCUGGCUGAAGUUCUCAGGCCGGCAGCUGCACGACUGUCAUGGUCUGGUCAUUGCCCGCCGGGCCCUGAUAAGGUUCUUCUUCCGGCAGCUGUUGCUCGCCACUAAGGGGGGUCCCAAGGGCAAGGAGCAGUCUGUGCUGGUGCCCCAGCCAGGGCCUGGGCCGCCUUUUGCUCUCAAGCCCCGGAUCUUCCUGCACCUCUACGUCAGCAACACCCCUAAGGGAGCAGCCCACGAUGUCUACCUCCCGCUGUCCUCAGAAGAUGGCCUCCUGCUCAACUCCUCCUUCCGCCUGCAGGCCCACAUCUGCGGGCAGCUGAAGCCAGUGUCCUAUGUGGCACACACGCUCCGUGACACCCACGUGGGCUGCCUGUCAGUCAGUGACAAGCUGGCGCGCUGGGUGGUGCUGGGGCUGGGUGGUGCGCUGCUGGCCCACUUCCUGCCACCGCUCUACGCCACUAGCCUCAUCUUAGCUGACACCUGCCAUGAUCCUCAGACUCUGAGCAGGGCCAUUCACGACCGGCCCAACCUAGACAGCACCUUGGGGUCAUGCCUGCCGCCUCCCUAUGCCCGAAGCACCCUGCAUCUGUUUUCAGGACCCUCUGUAGCACCCUCCAACCUUGACCCCAACACCUCGCACAACCUGAGCCUUAACUGGAGCCUGGGGGACCCUGACAUGGAAGUUGUGGAUGUGGCCAGCGGUCGUGUGGAGGCUGAGGUCGCCCCUGGGCCUUCCUCCCGCCUCUGCAAGGCUGCCUUCCUUCGGGCCUUCCGCCAGGCUGCUGCUGCUCUGGGCAAGCCCCACCUCCUGGCCCUGAAGACCUACGAGGCUGCCAAGGCCGGACUCUACCAGGAGGCUCGCCAACAGCUGUCUCUCCUCCUGGACCAGCAGGGCCUGGGCUUUUGGCCCUCCAAGCCACUGGUGGGCAAAUUUGGGAGCUGAGCUGGACUUUCAGGAGCCUGAGAUCCUUGCAG